GUACCGCGCACCGGUAUAUGCCGAUUAAUCACCCCCCUCCCCUUCCCCCGCACACACACACAGACGCGGGCGACGAGUCGCCGCCCCCUGGCUACAGUGGCUGACCUUGAGUUCGCAGCCCGCUCCGUAUCGGGGGGACGGUUUAGGUAUAUAGCCUUGGGGGGGACGGGAACCGGGGACAACCUACAACGUCAGCGGCGGUCCCAGCAACAUGGCUCGCAAGCUUUUCACUUGAAAACUCGCAUUUAACCGUGGUGAGCUUCCCGCUUGACUGUAAAUCAUCUCUCAAAUCCGAAUGAUAAAAUAAGUAACGGUGAGCCACCACGCUCACCUAAGAAUGGUUCUUUGCCAUCCCCCCUUGGAGCGUUGCCUGGGCGCGCCUCUGCAGCAGCUAUGAGCGCCACGCGGAGGGUUAUAUCAAUGGCCUUGGCGGAGGGGGCGCUGGCGGCGUCCCAUGCGCGGAGAUACCGGCGGCCGGAAUCGACCGUUUUGUAGCCGGUGAGAGAAGCUGUCGGGUGUCUGAAGGAUCACAAAGCUCGCAGUAAUGGCUACCGUGUUCGGCUACUGGGCGAUCAAGGGUCUUGGCCAGCCCUGCCGGCUGCUGCUGGAGCUGGCAGGAGAAGAGUACCAGGACAACAGGUUUGACCAGCUGCGAGCCGAGGAUGUCUGGAUCCAGGAGAAGGCCAAGAACCCGCACGGCCUGCCCUUCCCGAACCUACCCUACUACGUGGACGGCGACCAGAAGCUGACGCAGAGCUCUGCCAUCGUGCGUCACCUGGGGAGGAAGCACAACAUGGCCGCCAACAACGACGCCGAGGCCAGCCAGCUGGACAUGCUGGAGGGCGUGGUGAUCGACGUGCGCACGUGGUUCUUUGACCUGUGCUACCAGACCGAGGAGGGUUUCAAGGCCGGCCUGCCAGAGGCGGUGCAGCGUUCCACCACCUACUGCCAGCAGCUGAACGCCUACCUGGGCUCCAAGCCCUGGUUCCUCGGCGACCGCAUCACCUAUGUGGACGUCAUGGCCUACGACAUGCUGACCAACUGGCGCGAGCUGGAGCCCAAGGUGCUGGACGGGUCCGACAACCUCAAACAGCUGGUAGAUCGGUUCGAGGCGCUGCCCAACAUCAAAAAGUACAUGGAGAGCGACCGGUUCAUCAAGACCAUCAACGCCCACAUGGCGGUGUUCGGCGCCGCCAAGUGAGGCGCUCUCCCAGCGAGAGACGACUCAGAGUCGAGCCUGUGACGUCAUGAGUAUCACGGUCAGGGUAUCUGGGGGACAGUCGGUGGGAACAGACUCAGGAGGCCGAGCUCUGUGGGUGAUAUUGAAACUCGUUCAUCUCUGAUAUUGUCAAACAUGACAUUCCGGGUCGUCUAAAACAUUGUUUUGGGCGCUUUGUGACAAAGCCAUUGGCUCUAACUGCUGUUAGUCAUAAAAUGACGUAAAAUCAAUAAAUAACGUUGCUAA